UUGGAUCAUCCAAAAUGGGAUCAGUUUGUAGUGAACUUUAUUAGGAAUAACGUGGUAGAUACCUCACUAAGCUAGUGGCUAUUGCCGUGUACGCUAUGCGCUUUGAUUCUUCUCUAAUCGAUCAUUCAAUCUCUACCAUGGAAACUUGGGGAAAUCAGAAAAGUCUACAGCCUUUGUAAUUAUCUUCACUCUCCAAUCUUUCUAUUCACCAUUAUCGUGUUUAACUUAAGGAACUUCUAUGUCCUUCACUCACAGCCACAAAGGCAAACAACUGCCUACAUUUAUAGCUGACAACUUCAACUCUCUCGAUGAGGUUACAGCGUCUCUCAGAGAAGCUGGCCUCGAGUCAUCAAAUUUGAUACUUGGUAUUGAUUUCACAAAGAGCAACGAGUGGUCGGGGAAGUAUUCAUUCAAUCGGAGAAGUCUUCAUGCAGUCGGUCGUGAUCCAAAUCCUUAUGAGAAAGCUAUUUCUGUAAUUGGCCGAACAUUAUCUCCUUUUGACGAUGACAACUUGAUACCUUGUUUUGGAUUUGGUGACGCCACAACCCAUGAUAGAAGUGUAUUUAGCUUUUAUCCUGAUCACCGACCUUGCAAUGGUUUUGAGGAGGUGCUCGCACGAUACAAAGAAAUUGUUCCAUACAUCAAGUUAUCAGGCCCAACCUCAUUUUCCCCCAUAAUAGAUGCAGCAGUUGACAUAGUUCAAGGCAGCAACAUGCAAUAUCAUGCCCUGGUCAUCAUCGCAGACGGGCAGGUAACCAGGACCAAUGAUUUACCACCUGGAAAGCUUAGUCCUCAAGAACAAGCAACAGUCAAUUCCAUUGUCGUUGCCAGCAAUUAUCCACUUUCCAUUGUGCUGGUUGGUGUGGGUGAUGGACCCUGGGAUGCCAUGCAGAAGUUUGAUGACAAUAUUCCUCAGCGGGCUUUUGACAAUUUUCAGUUUGUCAACUUCACUAAGAUCAUGUCAGAGAACAAGGAUUUGUCAAAGAAAGAAGCAGCUUUUGCUCUUGCUGCAUUAAUGGAAAUCCCAUUUCAGUACAGAGCUACUCAACAGCUUGAAUUUAACAAUAAAACUGUAAGCGGUGGGCCUCUAAGUAGGCCACUUCCUCCUCCACGUGAAGUGAUAGAUCAUGAUAAUUCCGUUAAACAAGUUGUUGCAGACAUGAGAAGUUCUUCCUCUGUUGAACCACCGGAUUCCAAUAUUCCCUUCGAUCAGUGUUGUCCGAUUUGCUUGACAAAUCCAAGAAACAUGGCAUUUGGAUGUGGUCACCUGACAUGCAAGGAUUGUGGAGAAACACUCCCGCUAUGUCCUCUGUGUAGGAAGCCCAUUACAACACGCGUGAGACUGUAUAGUUAAGAAUUCUCAUCAAAGUGUGCUAGAGUUCAUCGCGAUAAUGCCACAAUAUGGUAUUUAUCUGUAAUAUUUGUAGUAAUGAUGCAAGGAAACAAUGUCAUGUUUGUUGUGAUCAAUGAAAUUGUUGGUAUGUCAACACCAAUUUACAUUGUAAUGCCGAGGCUUCAAUGCAGCUCGCAGCUUAGAGUGCUUCCCAUACAAAUAUUCAUGUACAUGUCUCUCUGUUAUUUGUCUAGCAUGCUAGUAUUGCACCAGCUUCA